GCAUCUUUCCGUUUCCGCUUCCGUUUGAGUUAAAAUUUUACUUUUAAAAAAUUGGUUUUUAAUUUAUUAGAAUGAGCAAAAAUGAUAAAUCAUCUAGAAAGAGGCAAAAAUUUAGAAAGUAUGAUACGUUUCUGUAUUAGGAUGCUGUGUGAUUAGUGAUUUGUGAAACAGACCAAGCAAGAAAACAACGACAGUUAACUCUACAUUGGUAACAAGAACAGAAGAGGAAACCAAAAAGAAGAUGAUGUCAUCAAUAUCCGAUAUAUUUUCCGAGCCCGUAACCGUUUUAGGAUACGAUCCCUUGGGUCUGGUUAAUAGAUUUUAAUUGCUUUCAGCUUGUUUCGAGUGGGAGGAAAACGCCUGAAUUAAAAGAAACGCGUUUUUCAAAUAGAAAGGCAAAUAUUUGGCAAUUAACCGCGGAACACGAAGACAAUUGCGAGGCCCAAACCAGCAAAUCGUCUUUUUUAUUGGCCAGUCAAACAGCUUUGAUGUUAGCCGAAUUACGUUCUUCAGACAACUCCCAAUUUACGCAGUUUACAAUGAAAUCCUUACAGGAUUCUCAGAACAAUGACCAAACUGUUAGUAGCACGCAGGAGAAUUGUAUGAGGCAAUUGGACCAGGGGGGAGAUAACGAAGACUCUCGCUUCCCUCUCUCAUGCGAUAAGGGGUCGUGUUUAUUUCUUGAUGGGCAAUAUGACUUUGAUUGUAGCGUUGAUUCAGAUAGCUUUCCGGUUAAGAAACCGGGUUUAAAAAAACAAGAUCUCAAAGAUAAAUUGCUUCAAAAACAAACAAAGCAAUUAGAACAUUCAGUCAUCGACCAAACAUCCGCUAUUCCUCUUUUAGAUAUAUCAAACGAAAAAAGUAACGACAAUGAGAACAAUUCUAUUUUGAAUGACUCAUUGAUGGUCAUUGAGGUGGACGGGAAUUCGUCCAAAACGGAAUCAGAGAAAAAAAAUAGGCGCAUAGUGAUACCUGAAACUCCUUGCGGAUUCGAAAGCAAAAUUUCUCACAAUAGCUCAUGUAACAAGGGGAAAUCGACUAUAAAAUAUUUUCAAGCAAUUCUUAACGAAAUGCGAUCAUACAUUACAUCUCAAAAUAGUGAAAUCAUAACAAUAACUUAUAAAGGUGGUACUAUGGAAAAAAGUGCACCGAUGCAAUAUUUUUCUCAUCAAUAUCCUUUUUUGUUUACAGCAAUUAACGAAAACACAUUAAAUUUAUCAAAGUAUAGCAGAGAAUCCGUAGAAUUCUUUUGGAAAGUUAUUAUGGGCGAAUGUGAUAGUCUUUACUCGGCAUUUAGCUUUGGAAGUGAAUUCAUUGAAAUUUUUAAAAGAUACAGUCUGGAAAGAUUGAUAAUAGAAAAGGAUGGUGAGACUUUAACAGAUCCUUCCGACGAUGAUAAUAGGUCGAAGGCGUUAUUUGACGAUUGUAGUUGGUCUAAUAAUACAUGGGAGGCUUUAGCGGAAGCGUCUGAUGAUAGACGUGUGAACGAAAGUGUCGGAAUUAAUUCCCUCCAAUCUGAGAUUGAAAAGGGAGAGGAAAUUUACUUAAAUAGCCCGGAGAAUUAUGAGGAAGAUAGAGAAUUUUUGACACAUUCCAUAGAAUUUGAUAUGAAAAAUACCACCCCUAAGUCUUCCAAUAGCAAUCACUUAAACACGCCUGUUAGCUGGAAGAAUAGUAACAAAACAAAUUCGCCGAUUGUCCCGUCACCUUUUACACCAAUGCCUAAUUACGACGAAAUGAAUACUCCGACUUUAAAAGGUGAAUGCAAGAGAUUUGGAGUUAAAGGACUUCCAAAACGGAAAAUGAAAACUAUUCUGAAGACUAUUUAUCACGGCACACAUCAAUACGAGAAUGAUAGUACAGCAGGAGAAGAACUACCUAGUAUUAAUGACGUAACUUCCCCCAAUGUCAAGAAAUUUAAGAAAUCAAAAGCGUCUAAAGAUAGUCAAAAGAAAGAAGGAACGAGAAAUCUUAAUGAGAAGAACAAAGAAAUAAUUAAAGAAAUUCGUAAAAAUACUGAAUUAUAUACUUCAAUAUUGCAUUACGAGGUUUGUUUGUAUGGAGUAUUUAUUAUGUACACUCUCUUUGUUAUACGCGAAAUAGCCGCAUUCCAUAAGGGAUUUCUGUGAGAAACUCGACACAUCUACCUCGCAAUCUCAUCUAAAGGAGUUACUUGAGCAACAGUGCGUGCAUUACGAGGAAGCCCAAAGUGUCAAGAAGAACUAAGAAGCAGCGGUCAAAGGUUAUCAUAGCACUAUUAUGUAUCAUUACGCUGUAUGCCGGCAGCUUUUUUAAAAAACAAAACAAUAUAAAAUAGUUCUUUAAUGACUGAAAUUCUUGUAAAAGAUAACGAAUUUUCUUAUCGAGUUUAUAUUUUUAAUUUGCGAUGAAUUUUCGUUGUAUAAAACUACUGCAUAUUUUGAACUGAGAUAUUUAAAACAACUUAAAAUUGUUACAAAUCAGUUAAAUUUUUGGACGUGAUCUCUGACGGACGAUCCAACUUCGGAAGCACGCUUGUCAAAUCCCUCGCUAGCCUUUGCUCCUUUAUCAAAGAAUACCAUACCGGCCACACCCAGACCGGCUCCAAAUAGGCAGAAAAGAUAAGCAAAGUAAUAUAGGAUAGAGUGUAGAAGAAAAGCCGACCAGAUCAGCAGUUGAUAUGCUAGGAUUACUAAAACAAUAAGAGCGAAAGAUAUUAUUGAACAAGAUAUAAUCCAAUAACGAUGUGAAGCGUAGCUCUUAUUAGGAUGUAGAUAUCCAUAAAUCUUUGUAAUAAGGGUGAAAAUAAUCAGGAUGAAGUUGGCUAAUCCUUCCUUGAUCGGGUUGUCAUACCUUUUACCGCAUCUUUCGCUCAGCAUGUUAUUUAUAGCUGGCGAAGGUGUUUUUGGUACAUUCUUAGAAUGCGGCAUUUUCAACUAAUAGAUAAAGAAAUUCGUUUGAUUAUAUUGAAUAUGAUAUGGGAUUUUAUUUUUAUAGUAUGUAUGGACGGCUUACCUGUUCAGAUAAACUAAAGUACACAAAAUCAGUUUGAGCAAAGGACACUUUUUUCCUGUCAUAAGAUAUAAAAACAGGAAGUAUGUUACCGGAAAUAUGUUUAGUAGCGCCACCGUGGUUUCGAUAUUGUUUUUUUAAGUUAAAACUGUAAUUAACAACUUAUU